AUGGCGGCCUCGGUGGCGGCGGUAUCGCUGCCCUCACGCCUGCUGGGCGGGCACUGGCUGCGGUUGCGGUUGCGGCCCCAGCUCGGGCUCGUGCCCUUGCCCAGGUCUCUGUGCGCGCGGAUGGUGACUCCGCCGCGCGGCCCAGGACAGAGCCAAACGGAAGACUUACCUUUGCCCACACAUCGAAAGCCUCAGCAGCAGCAGCAGCAGCAGCAGCAGCAGCAGCAGCAGAAACAGCAGGGCCCCAGCUCUGCCAAGAAGCUGGCGAUCUGGGUGGCAGGGCUUCUUGGGGCUGGGGGUGCUGUGAGCAUAAUUUAUGUCUUUGGAAACAACUCUGUGGAUGAGAAUGGUGUGAAGAUUCCAGAUGAGUUUGACAAUGAUCCGAUGUUGGUUCAGCAGCUUCGGCGAACAUACAAGUAUUUUAAGGAUUAUCGGCAGAUGAUCAUUGAACCCACCAGCCCCUGCCUCCUCCCGGACCCUCUGCGAGAGCCGUAUUACCAGCCCCCAUAUACGCUUGUCCUGGAGCUGACGGGUGUCCUACUGCACCCCGAGUGGUCGCUUGCCACAGGUUGGCGGUUCAAGAAGCGUCCAGGCAUUGAGACCCUUUUUCAGCAGCUGGCCCCACUCUAUGAGAUUGUGAUCUUCACCUCAGAGACUGGCAUGACAGCAUUUCCCCUCAUUGACAGUGUGGACCCCCACGGCUUUAUCUCCUACCGCCUCUUCCGGGAUGCUACACGCUACAUGGAUGGGCACCAUGUCAAGGACAUCUCCUGCCUGAACAGAGACCCAGCGCGGGUGGUCGUAGUCGACUGUAAGAAGGAGGCCUUCCGGCUUCAGCCUAACAACGGUGUGGCCCUGCGACCCUGGGAUGGCAACUCUGAUGACCGCACCCUGCUCGACCUGUCGGCCUUCCUCAAGACCAUCGCCCUGAAUGGGGUGGAGGACGUCCGGACAGUCCUAGAGAACUACGCCCUAGAGGAUGACCCUCUGGAGGCCUUCAAACAGCGGCAGUCGCGAUUGGAGCAGGAGGAGCAGCAGCGCAUGGCUGACCUGGCCAAGACCGCCAAACAGAGUCUGUUCUUUAGUUCUCUUACCAGCCGCCUCUGGCCCCGAUCCAAACAGCCCUGACCGCUUCUGUCUGCCCCUCCCUGCCCCAGCCUCUGGGGCCAAGGUCAUCCUGACAAUAAAGUCCGUCCCAGCGCCA